CCUCUCGACCGCCACGAGCUGUCCGAGAAGCCCCUGCGGAAGUGGUGGACUGCACUGCAUGCCGCUGCGCACUAUGGCCGCAGCGACGUGGUCAGGUUGCUGGUCGGGUGCGGAGCGAGACUGGAGGCGUCCUCGAGGCACAUGUGCUUCUGCAUCCUGCCCAGCGCGCUGCGCACCAAGAGGCCGUCGGACGACGAGAGGCAAUGGGGCCGCCACUUGGUUCCGGCGCGCUGGACGCCACUGCACGUGGCCAUGUGCGGCGGCCAUGGUGACACGGCGGAGCUGCUGAUGUCGCUCGGGGCGCGGCGGGACAAGCUGGACCACAUCGGCGGAGCGGUGUCGGCGUUCCAGAGCGCGGUCGUAUAUGGGCUGUCCGGGACUGCGCGGGCCAUUCUGGGAGGGUGCGAGCGAAUAUGAGCGGGCACGCCUCGUCGAGGCGGAUGCUGGCGGGCUCACGCCGCUAACGUACCACAUCGUCGGCGACGGGGACCCGGCGUUCACGAGCACGCUAAUCAGCUAUGGCUGUUCUGUGGAUGACGCUGGGGGACCAGGACGCUCGGCUCUGGAGCUUGCAUGCAUCUAUGGCCGUUUCGAUAUCGCGGUCGAGCUCGAGCCACACACCCGGUACAUCAACGCGAUCUGGG